CACGCGGAGUCGGCGUGGGACGUCGAUGCCCCCUCGUCUCCUCCUCAUCGUGCCGAUAUAUACGCUGUUCGCUGUUAGCGCCUCCCAACUUUCUCUUAUCUUUUACAGAAAAUCUUGAUCUGCGCGCAUGCCUCCCGGUGUCUCUGUUGAUCUCUCGUGAUCAGAGAUGAAGGAGGCAAGAGGAGGCGAGGCCAUCGUAGAUAUCGACGAUGGAAACCCUAAUGAAGAUGGAGAACAGGAGGCGGCAAGAGAAGGAGGCAAGGCCGUCGUAUAUAUCGAGAGUAGAAGCCCUAAAAAAGGUGGAGAACAGGCAAGAAGAAUACUUAGCUUCGGCAACACGUACAAGAUCCCAAAACGCCAACGAACUAAUUUCACGUGGAUGCAAACGCUGCUGCUAAGCUAUCAAUCGCUUGGGGUGGUGUACGGCGACAUCGGAACUUCUCCUCUCUACGUUUUCUCUUCUAUCACCUUGCGGAACCCGGCGGAAGAGGAUAUACUCGGUAUAUUGAGUUUGAUCUUUUGGACUUUGACGAUGUUGGGUUUAAUCAAGUACGUAGUGACAGUCUUGCAUGCUGAUGAUCACGGAGAAGGUGGCACUUUUGCUUUAUAUUCCUUGUUGCGCCAAAAUAUACAUUUCAAAGGCAAGAUGAUUAUGCCAAGUACAAGGUUGGAUUCGGAUAUUAACUUGAGAUAUCAUAGUAAAGGCAGUGGAUUACAGUCUAAGGCACAGAAAUUCUUGGAGAAGAACUCUAUAGCACAGAUUGUGAUUACUGUCAUAGUAUUGCUUGGAACUUGUAUGGUAAUUGGUGAUGGAGCCCUUACUCCUGCGAUUUCAGUUCUUUCUGCUGUCCAAGGAAUCCAAUCAAGAUCCUCGAAGAUUACACAAGAUAUUGUUGUCAUCCUCUCGGUGGUCAUCCUACUCAUUCUUUUCCUCUUUCAACGAUAUGGGACAAGCAAAGUUAGCUUUUCUUUCUCCCCCAUGAUGCUACUUUGGUUUGGAUUCACUGCAUCCAUUGGAGUGUAUAACAUCAUCAAAUUUUACCCAUCAGUCCUCAAGGCACUCUCACCACAUUACAUAUACUAUUACUUUGCAAGAAACCAUACAAAAGGGUGGGAGCUCCUGGGUUCAAUCGCACUAUGCAUAACAGGUGCAGAAGCUAUGUUUGCUGAUCUGGGUCACUUCAACAAGAAUGCAAUUCAGCUGGCUUUCUCAACCUUGGUUUAUCCUGCAUUGAUCCUUGCCUAUGCCGGUGAAGCUGCAUUUUUGAUCAAGAACCCUGAAAAGAUUAGCACUGCAUUCUAUAGCUCUGUGCCCGAACCCAUAUUCUGGCCAAUGUUUGUGGUGGCUACCCUUGCUGCUAUUGUUGCUAGCCAGGCACUGAUAUCAGCAAGUUUCUCCAUCAUUAGGCAAUCUAUGGCACUUGGUUACUUCCCACGAGUGACCAUGAGACACACCUCAGACAAGUAUGAAGGCCAAGUCUACUCCCCUGAAGUGAACUACUUUCUGAUGAUUGCUUGUAUCUUACUAACAGUAGGAUUCAAGGGUGGUGCAGAGAUAGGAAAUGCAUUUGGAGUGGCAGUGAUAUGGGUGAUGCUCAUCACAACAUUCCUCAUGGCUGUCGUGAUGUUAGUUAUUUGGGAGACCAACGUAUUCCUUGUAUUGUUAUUUCUCAUGGUCUUCAUCGGUAUUGAAGGUGUAUAUAUGACCUCCUUACUGCACAAGGUUUCACAAGGUGGCUGGGUUCCUUUUGCAAUUUCUGCCUUCUUCUUAGUGAUCACGCUGUCCUGGACAUAUGGGAGGAGCAAGAAGAGCGAGUAUGAAGCAGUGAAGAAGAUGGAUAGCGUUGAAUUCAAUCAAUUGGUAGCAUGCAGCACUCGGGUCUCGGGGAUAUGCUUCUUUUGCACUGAUUUGAUUCAUGGAAUCCCGCCAAUUGUACGGCAUUAUGUGCAACAUGUAAGUAGUCUCCGUAAAGUUAUGGUGUUUGUUACUGUGAGAAUACUACCAGUGAGAUCUGUCCUCCCAGAGGAACGCUUUCUUGUAGCCAAAUUGGGCUCAGAAGGUGUGUACAGGUGCUUAGUCCAGUACGGCUAUAUGGACAAGCACAGUAUGGAGGGGGAAGAAUACAUUGCAUCAGUUGUUUCAUCCUUAAAAGAGAUUGCCGAGGAUGCCCAGGAAUCAGAAAUGCUAGAUUCUGCACUGAACAGUGGAGCAAUGUUUGUGUUGGGAAGGAUCAUACUCCAGGCGAGUCAAAGCAGUGGCUGGUGGCGACAUUUCGUCAUCAAUAACUUAUAUAGGUUCUUGCAGAAGAACUUCAGGUCUACUGUCGCCACGCUCAGAAUCCCCCCACGUAAGAUCUUGCAGGUAGGAAUGGUGUAUGAGAUUUGAAGUGUUUCAUGAGGAUUACAAAGGCAUUAUUCAAUCAGCUGAAAGAUUUGCUAUAGGUUAAGCAAUUUGUCAUUGAUCUGCUAUGUGGUACUAAUACCUAGUAUAUGUGGUGUGGUUGAUUGAAAACUAUGGUAGGAAAUGUUUGAUGGUUGGAUAUAGUAAUUUUGAAUUAUUUUGAAUGAACUAAUUAUUACAUAAUUUUUAGUUCAUUCAGUUCUAAUUCCAAAAUACAGGGAAAUAUGACAAAGUUCAUGUCAAAUGAAGUGAUUUUGCUGUUUUUUCUUCA